CAGCAACCAGAGGGGUUGAGGGGUACAGCGCAUCUGAGGGCCGACGUAGUUUCAAAUGGGUGUUCCCGCUCCUCUUGCUCUCUCUCUGUACUCAACUUUUGGUCUCCCCCCCCGGCUCACUUUAUCAUCGGGCUCGUCUGGGCUGACAGAACAGAGAUCGUCCUGUUUCCAGCGUUGGAGGCCAGGUGGGAGGACCUGCAUGCAGGGAAUGCAUAAGAGUAGCUGAGAGUUUGAAGAGUCAACAUCUGAAAACAUCCAUGGAAAACGCUUUAAGUUUUGAGGAGGGCAGUGACAUGUCCUAUGAAGAUUCAGCCUUACCCUCACCAGUGAGACUGACCCCACCAGGCCAGAUCUAUGACCUGGAGUCGAGGAUGCAGGAGGAGGAGGAGGAGAAUGAGCCACCUAUGGAGGCCGUUGUCAUCCCCUAUGAACCAGGUGCUUACAUGAACGUGAACACCAACGCCACCACAAGAGGGGAUGCUCAAGCCUACGUGGAGCUGAAUGAGCUCCAGGGCAACAGCUGGCAGGAGACCAGCCGCUGGAUGGGCUACGAGGAGAACCUCAACACCGCCACAGGGAAAUGGGGCCCUUCUCACGUCUCCUAUCUCACCUUUAAAAGUCUGAUCCAGCUCCGCAAGACCAUGAGCACAGGUGCCAUGAUCUUCGACCUGAACGCCGGCAGUCUGUCUGCUGUGGCUGAGAAGGUGGUCGAUGAGCUGCUGAGCAAGAACGAGAUCCGUGCGAGCGAUCGGGAUGGCCUGCUGAGAGCUCUCCUCAUGAGACGCAGUCAGUCUGAGGGUCCUGUGGUUACUCCCUCUGGAGACAUUGAGAUGCAGACCUUUUCUGUCUCCAAGAGGAGAGACGGCUCUGACAACAUGGAGGCCUCAGUCGUCCUCUCAGGUGUCCUGGACAUCCUGGAGAAGCCAGUGGUGGCUUUUGUGAGGUUGAGUGACUCCGUGGUGAUGGAGUCAGCCCUAGAGAGUCCCAUCCCUGUUCGCUUCGUCUAUGUGCUGGUCGGCCCCAGCGACAGCGAGAUGGACUACAGAGAGAGUGGACGUGCCAUGGGCGCUUUGAUGGCCGACUGGGUAUUCUGUCUGGAGGCCUUCCUGGCCAAGACUGACAAAGAUCUGACCAACGCCAUCGCUGACUUCAUGGACUGCAGCAUUGUGAUCCCGCCCACUGAGAUCCAAGACCAGGGGAUGCUGGAGCCAAUCAUCCAGUUCCAGAAGAGGAUGCUGCGAGACAGAGUCCGUCCCUGUGACACCCGUCUUGCAUUUGGCGACAGGGUCAAAGUUGAGAAAGCUCCAGAGCAGCCGCGGGAGGACCCUCUGGCCCGUACAGGCUAUCCUUUCGGUGGGAUGGUGAGGGACCUCAAGCGCCGUUUCCGUCACUACAUCAGCGACUACACAGACGCUCUGAACCCUCAGGUCCUCGCUGCCGUCAUCUUCAUCUACUUCGCUGCCCUGUCCCCGGCCAUCACUUUUGGAGGGCUUCUGGCUGACAAAACAGAGAAAAUGAUGGGCGUGUCAGAGCUUAUGAUCUCCACCAGCAUCCAGGGUGUCAUCUUCUGUCUCAUCGCCGCCCAGCCUGUCCUCAUCAUUGGCUUCUCUGGACCUCUGCUGGUGUUUGAGGAGGCUUUUUUCGCUUUCUGCAAGUCCCAGGGCAUUGAGUACCUCGUGGGUCGUAUCUGGGUGGGGAUGUGGCUGGUAGUGAUCGUGGUCAUCAUCGUGGCGGUGGAAGGCAGCUUCCUGGUCCGAUUCAUCUCCCGCUUCACUCAGGAAAUCUUCUCCAUCCUCAUCUCUCUCAUCUUCAUCUAUGAAACUUUCAAUAAGCUCUUCAAGAUCUUCAAAACCCACCCUCUGAUUCUGAACUACGACCAUCUGAACGACUCAAUGGAAAACCCCUUCCACCCGAUCAUCAAGGAGCACGUCGAGUACCACGGAGAUGGCAACGUCACCAUCCAUGAGCUGGAGAUUGAAAGGCCCUACCCCAACACUGCCCUGUUGUCCAUGUGUCUGAUGUUUGGCUGCUUCUUCAUUGCGUACUUCCUCCGCAGUUUCAAGACUGGUCAUUUCCUCCCCGGCCCGAUCCGUCGUCUGAUCGGAGACUUCGGUGUCCCUAUUGCUAUUUUCUUCAUGAUUGCUGUGGAUAUCAGCAUUGAGGAUGCUUACACUCAGAAACUGGUUGUGCCAAAAGGUGUUGAGGUGACCAACCCCGCAGUCAGAGGCUGGUUCAUCAACCCCAUGGGAGAGAAGAAGGAGUUCCCCAGCUGGAUGAUGGCUGCCUGCUGUGUCCCAGCACUGCUCGUCUUCAUCCUCAUCUUCCUGGAGUCCCAGAUCACCACGCUGAUUGUGAGCAAACCCGAAAGGAAGAUGAUAAAAGGAUCCGGUUUUCAUUGGGAUCUGCUCAUCCUAGUCACCAUGGGAGGUAUCUCCUCUAUUUUCGGGGUGCCCUGGCUGAGUGCCGCCACUGUGCGAUCCGUCACCCACGCCAAUGCUCUCACUGUCAUGUCCAAGGGGCCGAAACCAGAGAUUGAGAAGGUGCUUGAGCAGAGGAUCAGUGGCUUUCUGGUUGCCAUCAUGGUUGGUGUUUCUAUUUACAUGGAGCCCAUUCUGAAGAUGAUUCCCAUGACAGCCUUGUUUGGUAUCUUCCUCUACAUGGGUAUCACCUCUCUGAGUGGAAUCCAGAUGUGGGACAGGAUGCUCCUGUUGAUCACACCAAAGAAGUACCAUCCCUCUGAUGCCUACGCCACCAGGGUGUCGACAUUGCGUAUGCAUCUCUUCACUCUGAUCCAGCUGGUUUGCCUGGCUAUCCUGUGGAUGGUGAAGAUGAGUUCCUUUUCUCUGGCGCUGCCUUUCGUUCUCAUUCUCACCAUCCCUCUACGCAUGGCCAUGACCGGCACUCUCUUCACUCCCCUCGAAAUGAAAUGUCUGGACGCAGAUGACGCCAAAGUGACGUUUGAGGAGGAACCUGGGAAGGACGUGUACGACGAGUCCCCACUGCCAUAAAUAACCUCUUUUCAUUAAUGUUUUAUUCUCAAACAUAAAUUAAAUCAAUUAUUGACUACAAGUAAUCAGGAGUCUUUAAAAAAGAAAAAUGUAAUGUUCUGUUCUGUUACUUUUAUUUAAAGGAAAUCACCUCUCAUUUAUAGAAAUCAUGUGUUUAUACUGCAGGCGAAUCUGUUUGUGACUCUGAACCCCAACAGAGCCCCAAUUAUAUAGUCCAUAUUGUAAUCAAGAUUACAUUUCAUCACUUCAUUUGACUCCGUUAGUUUUAGUUGAUUAAAAAUGACCUUCCUUUGGUUUCUUACCUCAAGCUGUUUUAUGUUUUAUGAUGCAGGAGGAACAUUUGAGUUCUUUAAAUGAGCAGUUAUUUCUCUUCAGACACCAGACAAAUCCAUUUAUAGUAUUGUUUUUGUUUCCUUCUUUUAGAGCAUAGCAGUAUAUCUGAGUGACCACCAAUGAUGCCACAUUGUAUAUCUGCACGUCAUAAUAAUGUGAUGCCACCGUACUUAAUGUUGACUAUUUAAGUCAAGCAGAUUUGAUCCAUUCAGCUCUUUACAUGUCCACAAAUGAUGAAUAUCUGUGAGAUUUCCACAUACAUACAGUAGCCUUUCCUCUAUUUAGUCUCAAAAUUAGUUUUAAAUUGUGUUACUCGAGUUUGCCUCAUUUGGUUUACUGAACAACGUGGUCUUUCUUGUUCAGCCGACCUUUUUAGAAUGUGUAUAGUAAGAUGUGUAAUGCACUUAUAUCUUAUUUUGAGUGUGUAAUUGCUUUUCUAAUUAAACGAUGGGUAAUAGGUAGCGUAGAUGUUGGAUGAUGAGAUAUGUGCUUGAGCUGAUGUUUUUACUGAUGAUAUAAUCAGGUAAAAGUCUUAUUUGUACAUGUAUCUUAUUAUGCCUUUUUGUGAUGUUCUACCAUGCGUUUGUGUGCUUGAAACACUGUACAUGCUUUGGAUUUUCACUUUAUUGAAAAUAAAAACAGCCUACAACAGUG